GUCAACUGACUCCAUUACUACGGCAGUAGAAACUCAAAUUCCACCGGGCUGAUCCUGACGUACUCCGAGAACCCCGGUAUUAUAUGUAGGGAGGGAUUCUGUUUCAGCUUGCUGAGAGUUAGCUCAAUUUCUUAAUCCGUGUGAUUUAUGCAGGUGGCUUCGUCUUCCACUCUGCGGGACUAGUAAAGCCUAUACUAGGAACUGUUUAUAGUUACUUUCCGCGAGAGCAGGAGAAGCAACCAGCCGUCGACUAUUAGCCUUUUCCCCCCCCCCCGUCUAUUCGACCAUCUAUUACAUUGAUUCAUCCGACGGCCUGCCAGAAUGUAUUCCGGCUCCAUGAACCGAUCAGUCGUAAGCAGCUCGUCGUCCGAAGAUAACGGGUCCGAGGCCAGCUACGCGACAUCCUCGACUCGGAGCUCCGUUAGAGUGCCUAAGCUGAGAACCGGAAAGGGCCCUGUGCCCACACCGGCGCUUCCGGUGUUUGGAGCAUGGAACUUUCAGUCCCCGCAGACCCCGGAAGAGGCGGCGGCAGCGGCGGCGGCGGCUUCCGCCGCAGCGCGCUUGCGCUCCGCUCCAAGCGCGCAGGCGUGGGAGCCCGAGAGCGCAGGGAGCGGCGGCGUGGGGUUUACUGCCAUGUUCGCGAAUAAGGGGAAGGAGCGCCGGGCUAUGAGAAUCGUGGAUGGACGAAUCAUGGAGGUUCCGAGCGAUAGAUCGCAGGCAAGCAUAUCGGUCUCCCCAUCCCGAUCCUCCCACUCCCCUGACUCCAGAUCCCCCACCCAUCUCGCUCACCUGCCCCCUCACCAUCCGCUCUACCACUCCCCUCUCUCCGGCCUCCCGAACCGUGCUCCCGAGCCUUACUCCCAGCCCCAGCAGCCGUACCUGCCAGGUCCGGGCCUCGCGCCAAUUAUAUCCGAGUCUCUCUCGCAGUCUAGCUUCGACUCCUCCCGCUCCUCAUCUGCCCCGGAUUGUGAAGACAAUGCAUCUUCUUCUGUGCAUUCUGGGGGUGCUCCUAUGGACUCAGCACUACCGGCAGCACCAGUAGGAGGAGCAGCAGGGGUACCAACAGCAGGAUCAGCAGCAACAGCAGCACUGGUGGCAAUGGCAGCACAACGAGCAUCACCACCACUUGCAGCAUCUCCAGCACCAGCAGCGGCACCAGCACCAGCACAAGCAGCAGCAGCAUCAGACCCCCCCUCUCUAGCCGAGCUCCAAUCCCUGAGGCUGCGCCUGGCAGCAGGGGAGAAUCUCUCCCCAGCAGAAAUGCAACGCCUCACUCAAGGCAUCCUCGCUCUCAUGACCGCUCCCCCUGCCGCUCCCCCUGCCGCUCCCGCUGCCGAGCCUGUCUCUGCCUUUCUUGUUCCUGCUGCCGCUCCAGCUGUCGCACGAGCAGAAACGUCUUCCAAACCAGAAUCAGCUUUGGCAAACGAGCCUGCGGGCUACGCCCAGGCCAGUCCUCUAGCCAGUCCCCUAGCCCAUCACCUCCAGUCGUGCAGCUCCUCUGAUUCUUCCCCUGAGUCUUCCCCUCCCCGGCGCCCCCUUCGCUACUACUCCCCAACCCACCCUUCCUCUCCGCCCCACGAGCUCGGUGCUCGCUCCUCCCUUCUUUCCCAGCCUCCUGCUUGGGCUGGGGAUGCCCCACCUGCCGAAGCUGCGUUCAGGUCCGACAAAGGCUUGAACGCUGUAGCAGCAGCACACGCUCCCGAACCUGGUUUCCAGCCUCGGAUUGCUCAGCACUCGCCCAUUGACAGCCCUAUAGAUAAGCACAUGGUGUCUCGAUUCUCCCCUGCGCCCUCCUCCCCUGCUCCCUCCUCCCCUGCUCCCCCUCCCCCUCCGCCCUACUCCCUCCCUCCUCCCUCCUAUGGCCCCUCGUGCCACAACCCUCCCCCCUAUGGCCCCUCUCCCAUUGCUCAUUUGCCAUUGGAGCCAGAGGAGGACGACGGGGGGUUCACUUGGGAAGGCUGGAGUGCUACAGGCCGGCCAAUCAGGGACCAGAUGAUUUCCAACUGCUCUGCUGCCAGUGCUGCUGCCGCUGACCUGGGUUAUUGUACUUCUGGGGCUCCUCUUGACGCUGCCAGUGCCACUGCAAGCAGUGCAAGCGUUGCAAACGGUGCAAGCGGUGCAACGGCAAAUGGUGGCCGUUGGGCUGCUGCUCCUGGAGCAGUGUCCCUCGCUACAUCUGGUGAUGCUUCUUCUGGUGUGUCUGCAGCAGCUGCUGGUGCCACUAGUGCUGCUGCUGCCGGCAGUGCUCCUGCUGCUGUACCCAGUACAGGCGCACCCGCUACUAGAUCAGCACCUAGGAUCGCUUACCAAUCGCCCUAUGGCGACUGGGAGGGCGAGAAACAGCAGCAGUCCAAGGUGCGGUUUCAAGGCUUAAUUGCCUACGACGCGGAAUCUGCAGGGUACACUAAGAUGUUUCAGGACAAGCAGGCUAAGAAGAACCAGGGUGGGGGAUUGGAGGUACAUGCUGCAACGGGACUUGGAGGCGGAGAGUUAGCGGCUGGUGCGGAAAAAGGGGAGUGGAAUGCAGGCAUAGCUGCUGCUUUGGCUGGGCUGGGCAUGGCUUCUGAGGGGAUGGGCCGUGGCCUUCCUCCUGUCGCUGCAGCUGCUGGUGGUGCUGCUGGUGCUGGUGCUGCCCAUCCUUAUGCGUCUCCUCUCGCUCCUCCUCCCUGUGUUAGCCCUUCUGUGGGUAUCAAUCCUCCUCCUGGUGCUUACACACAUGCAGCUGCUCCUGGCGUUGCUCACCCCCCUGCUGGUGCUGCUGGUUCUGGAGGAUACGGGGGCCAGUAUGCGAAUUAUGCGCCGAAUCCCGGCAUGUACAUUCCACAACCUCAUGCCCCUGUGGGAGUGAACGGCCCUCUGCAUGGCACCCAUGCACCUGAUGCGCACGGGAAAGCUGGGAUGAGACAAAAGAUUGGAGGUUUCUUUGGCAGAUUCGGGAAGAAGUAAACUCAUUGGAUUUUUUUCCCCAUCAGAGCUGAUUGUCGAAAUAAUUAUUGGGCCUUGCACGCAUCUAAGGAAGUUCUUUAUGGAGUCUUGUUGAGAUGCUAAUGCGGUACACCUAAAUAGGAAAUUUUUACGCGGAUGUGUACACGCGCUUCUCAUUUGU